AUGUCUGAAUCCAACACCACAACAUUUCAGCCCUCUGUCUUCAUCCUCACUGGUCUCCGUGGGCUGGCGGGUGCACGCCUGUGGCUAGGACCACUUCUGAUCCUGAUGUACAUCACUACAAUGGUGGGCAACUGUACAGUCAUAUGCUUGGUGAGGAAUGAGCGCAGCCUGCAGGAGCCCCAGUACCAUUUCUUGUCCAUGCUGGCUGGGGCCGAUAUUGUCUUGUCCAUCUCCACACUGUUCUCUGUGCUCAAGGUUUUUCUCCUAGGCAUGUAUGAAAUUGCAUUUGAUGGUUGCCUCACUCAACUCUUCUUUAUCCAUACGUUCUCCUCUAUGGGCUCAGGAAUCCUGUUAGCCAUGGCCUUUGACCGCUUUGUGGCCAUCAGCCACCCCCUGCAAUAUACCACAAUACUAACUGACUCACGAGUCGCCUUGAUGGGGCUGGUGGCCUUGUUGAGGGGCAUAGUUCUCAUGACUCCAUUGCCUAUUCUGCUUAAGCGGCUACCCUUCUGCAAGGGCCAGACACUCUCCUAUUCCUACUGCCUCCACCCCAAUGUCAUGAAGCUGGCUUGUGGCCAAGUCAAAAUCAACAUUCUCUAUGGGCUGGUUUUGGUUAUCUUUUCUUUUGGGGCUGACUUUAUGCUAAUAGCCCUUUCUUAUGUUCUGAUAUUCCAAGCAGUGCUGAGCAUUGCUUCCAGGGAAGGCCAAAUGAAGGCACUCAAUACCUGUUUGUCUCACAUCUUCAUUGUCCUUAUUUACUAUGGACCUCACAUGGCAAUAACUGUGAUGCAUCGAGUCAGCCACAAAAGUUCUCCAUUAGUACACGCUGUCCUGGGAAAUAUCUACCUCUUUAUGCCACCGAUGCUCAACCCAAUUGUGUACAGCCUGAAGACCAAGCAGAUCCGUGCUGCCCUGAGGAAAUCUUUCAAGAUCCAGAGAAGGUGA